ACGCACUGCGGCCGCCUUUCCGUUCCGCUUAUCAGGCGUGAACUCCUGAUGCCUGAGCCGUGCUUCCCGUCAAACCAUGUCGUUCUCACAGGGAUAUCAACAGCUCCCCAUUGUCGACAAGGAUGGUGGAGAUCAGGAAUCUUUGCAACGCAAGGACCCUCGCAAAAGGAGAUUUCCUCUCCUCCGAGUCGUCGCUAUCAUCAUAAUUAUGUGCGCUACCCUCCCUUGUGUCCGUAUGAUGAGGUCCAGGGGAUUCUGGGCUACUUGCCAUGGUCCACAGCGCAACUCUUCGACGUUGGCAAAACUGCCUUCUCACUACACUUUGCCAUCUGGUGACAAUAUUCCAUCAGUUGCGUUGGGGGUAUGGCAGGCCAGCAAGGGCGAAGUUGGUAAUGCUGUAAAGACCGCUUUGACGGCCGGGUAUAGACACAUCGAUGGAGCCUGGAUUUAUCGUAACGAAGAGGAAGUCGGACAAGCUCUUAAGCAAAGUUCCGUACCUCGUGAAGAGCUCUGGCUCACGUCAAAGCUUUGGAACAAUUUCCACGCACCUGAGGACAUCGAGACUGUUCUGGACCAAUCACUUUCCAUGCUUGGCACCGACUAUCUCGACUUGUACUUGAUCCACUGGCCUAUCGCAUUCAAGAAGGAGGGCAAUAAUAUAAUGGACGAGGAUCUUACUGCCGAUCCAUAUCCUACUUGGCAGAAGCUCGAAGAGCUUGUCGACAAGGGUAAAAUCAGGAACAUUGGUAUUAGCAACUUCAACAUCAGAAGGAUCCAGAAUUUGACCGCGAACAAGCUGAAGUACCAGCCAGCUGUCAAUCAAGUCGAGCUUAGCUUUUGGAACCCUCAACCCGAAUUAUUGAAGUGGUCGAAGGAGAACGGACUUCUUCUCGAGGCGUACUCUCCCCUUGGUAGCAACCAGCAAGUCGGAAAGUCCCUCUCUGUCCCUGAGGUAAAGGAUAUCGCAUGCAACCUUGGGAUCACCCCUGCUCAGGUUAUUAUCUCAUGGAGCGUCCAGCGCGGUACGAUCGUCCUGCCAAAGAGCGUAACGCCUUCUCGCAUCGUAGAGAACCUUGAAGUAUUUGAAAUCCCACAAGAAGACUUUGACAUGUUGGAGAAAGCGGCGGCUUCGCACCCUCCGCAGAGGGUAGUCAACCCGAGCAUGGGUUGGAAGUUGCCUUUCGAUGUGUUCGAUGGGCAGUGAAAUAUACGUGGGCUGGGAGAAUGCAAUUUGUGCUGUUGUAGUAAUACCUCUAACUUCAAGUUGUUUGGCAAUAGCCCAAUCAAUAAGCUUCCAGAAAUGUUUAUCACUACCCACUAGCACUGCUGGAAUGCGAAAAUAGUGCGAGGGAA